AUGAUUAAAAGGAUAACGGAACUUGUAUCAGAUGAAUAUGAAUUCCAUGGUGAUAGUAGGGCGGCGCGUGAUAAAUUGGUACCCGAUGGCAUGUGGGAGGCGUGUGGGUCUUUAUGCAAAGAAAAACUGGUAACAGCUGCUAGUCCAUUCAAUAAGGACAUGGCUGAUGCAGUUACGAUUAACAGAGAGGAAAGAGCAACUGAUUCGGAAUGCGGAUUAGUUGGUACAAGUAAAGAAAGAGAACAUGCGGGAGUUUGUACUCUUAUAAAAGGGGGUCCACUAUGUUUUAGUGAUGAAAGGCAAAAUGAUACUUGGCUCAAGGCUAAGGAGAUUGAGUUUAAAUUGUCCUCCUCAGAAUUGAUUAUACAAGAUCUGACAGAUGUUGUGAAACAGCCUGAUGUCUGGGAGUUGACUUCUGGAGUCAAGAAGGAUAUUAGGGAGCAUGGUAGUUGUAAUCUAUCAGAGAAUGAGGUGCAGUAUGAGGAUCAAUUGUAG